AUGGCCGGGACGAUGGAACAACCCAAGUCCAUCGCCAUGCAGAACCAACCUGCUGUGGUCGACAUCCGUCACAUACUCCAGCGCCUGUGGCCCGAUCCGGAGAAGGAGAACGUGACGGCGCGCGAGAUAUCAGACGCCCUUGCGCUCAUCUUCACCAACGAGCUGAGUCCCGUGCAGUCCGGUUCGCUCCUGACUGCCCUACACUUCACCAGCUGGGACCGCCGCGCCGAUGUCCUGGCCGAGGCCUCGGCGGCUAUGCGGCGUCAUUCUGCUGAGAUCGACUACCAGAAACUCGAAGCUGCUUUCUCGAGUCGGAGACGGCCGGAGGGGAAGUACCAGGGCGGACUUUGCGAUAUCGUGGGCACCGGCGGCGACUCCCACCACACCUUCAACAUCUCGACCUCCUCUUCGAUCCUAGGGUCAUCCCUUCUCCUGAUCGCCAAGCACGGCAACCGCGCCUCGACAUCCAAGUCGGGGUCGGCAGACCUGCUCAUGAACAUGCGUCCGCAUCCCGCGCAGCUCUCCCGCAUCAACCCAGACACCAUCUCGACCAUCUACGGCGCGACAAACUACGCCUUCCUGUUCGCACCCGUCUUCCACCCUGGCAUGAAGUACGUAGCCUCCAUCCGCAAGGAGCUGGGCUGGCGCACCAUCUUCAACCUGCUGGGCCCGCUCAGCAACCCGCUCAACGACGCCAUCGAGGCGCGCAUGCUAGGUGUCGCUCGGGACGAUCUGGGUCCCGUCUUCUCCGAGGCGCUGCGCCUCGCGGGGUCCAAGAAGGGCCUUGUCGUCUGCGGCCAGGAGCAGCUCGAUGAGAUCUCCUGCGCGGGGCCGACGUGGUGCUGGCAGCUUGUCGAGGGCGCCGACGGCGUCGUGGAAGUGGAGCACUUCACGCUGGAGCCCAAGGACUUCGGCCUGAGUGUACACCCGCUGUCCACGGUGUCGCCAGGCAAGGAACCCCACGAGAACGCCGAUAUCCUGCGGAGGAUACUGAGAGGAGAGAUGCCCGAAGACGACCCCAUACUCGAGUUCGUGCUGAUGAACACGGCGGCCCUUCUCGUCGUCUCGGGCGUCUGCGAGGCGGACACGAGCGCCAUGGGCCCCGAAGACGAUGGCAAGGUCGUCACCGAGAGGGGACCGGGCAACGGCCGUUGGAAGGAGGGCGUGCGGAGGGCGAGAUGGGCAGUAAAGAGCGGGGAGGCCUGGAGGCAGUGGUCUGCAUUUGCAAAAGUCACGAACGAGUUGUCUGCUUGA